AUGUCUUCAGUUCGGGCAGAACACGAAGGUCAGGAAAGCCUGGACGCGAAAAUCGAGUCUUUCAUCAACAGGCUGCCAACUCUUCACGACCUCAUUUCCGUUCACGACGACGUCGUACUCUCCCUCAUUGAAUUCGAGAAGAGUAUCGCUUCCGACAUCGACUUUUUGCACUUCCGGGACGGGCUCCCAGACCACAUCGCCGAGGUCCUCAUCCACUGCAUCGGCCACUCCGCGAUUUGCAAAAUCCACCAUCGUUUUCCUAGUCUGGUCCUCUUCUACCUAGGCUGGUGUCACGGCCGCGGCUUCUGGGAAGAGCUGCGCAAGCUAGCAGCUUCCCUCUGCUGGACGGACGCGAUCGACGAGCUCCGACAAGAAGCGGACGCACGACGCCAGCUAGAUCCAAAGGACCGCCCAGGGAUCCACGUCCACAAGAGUGGCGUUAUUUUAUCCGACAUCGCAGCCGUCCUAGUUCGACAGGGAGUACAACCCAAGUGCCACCCCCACGCAAAGACACGCAAAGCCAAGACAAGGCAAGACGACCAAACGCCGAGCGCCACCAGUAACGAGGAGUACGGCGACAAGCAGGACAGCAGUCGCGACGACGAUCAGGAGCAGCACACUGGUGGUGACGACGACGAGCAGCACGCAACGGGCGGGCACGGAGACCAUCACAGUGACGACGAGUACGAGCAGGACUUUGGUGGUGGUGACGACGACGAGCACGCAAGAGCCCAGCACAACCGUGGCGACGACGAUCACGACCACGUAAGAGACGCCCCUGAGGACCUCUUGGACCAGAGUUUGGACGCUCCUGAUAUUGGAUUUGUCGACGCCGUCGCCCCUCCGUUGGACCCCCCGUCGCUUCCGUCACCAGCCAGCAGACCGUGGUUUGGUUUGCCAGAGCCGUUUGGUUGCCACGUCUCGGAAGGUGAUUCAAGUCCCCGCUCGAAUACAAUCGACGGGAGCUCCUCUUUGUCUUCGCAGGUCAACAUUUCGAAUGUGCACGCGAAACCAUUCCAAGGCCCUCUUCAACACUCGCCGUCGUCGUACGAAGACGUGGGCUGGAGUGGCUCGGACGACACCAUCGACGUCAACGAGAGUGUCAAGGCCGCAGCGAUGGCGGAUCUGUCGAACGUCACCAUCAAAAGGCCGCGUAGCCGGUCUGAUGCAUCAGCAAUAUCAACCAAACGACCCAAAAUGUCAAUCGAGCCCAAACACCUAGACAUCGACAAUCCGCACCCGAUAACAAAAGCAUCCGCAUGGAUAAGAGGGGAUUGGCUGAAUGACGCACUUACUGCCAUGACGAGAGGACUGGAGUGGGUGGCCUUGCUUGAUUUUUCGGCGGUGGCCAAUCUGGACAAGCCAAACUGCGAAGCCCUGCGCAACGUGGUCGCCACGAUUGAGUCCGAAUCCACGACGCUCAUUUUGCUCCCUAUUCAGCCGUGCGCCGCGUCACUCUAUGACUCGUUACCGUCGGGCAACAACACGAGGUUUGCCCGAAAACGCACUGAACGGUUCUUCCAGUGUUACUUUCCGAACGCUCCGGUGUCAUCAAAUCGUAUCUUCAAGUCUAUGGCAGGGCCGCGACAACAGAACACAGACGAUUAUGGGGUUUAUGUCUUCGCCACGGCUCUCUACAUCAUUGUCGGCGAAGACCUGCCGAGCGAGGUCCAUUCCCCGUUGUGGAGGCAGUUUAUGGCCGCAGCUCUCGGCCAACCUGGCGAUUGGGCACAUGUGCUUCCACUACCACCCGCGCAAGACAUCCCCGUACACCAGCCCACCUGCGACGGCCCGUCGGCCGAAGCAUUUCGAGAUUGGACUUCCCAGGUGAAGCGAUGGCAUGACGAAAGGCGGGAACUCAUGCUUCAGAAGGUCCACAACGACAUCAUAUUAUCCAGUACCACCCUGGUUGAAGUAGAGCCGGCGGUCAAGGUUGCUUCGAUCCUGUACGACGAGACCAAGAGCAUGCUCGAUUCCACCACGGCACAAAUGUUCGAGCUUCAGAAAGAGGCGGCACGAGAGGUGGAAGUCACACGAUUGAAGCUGCAACAAGAACUGUUACAGAAGUCGCGCGCUGUCCUGGCCGGGCUGGUAGAAGCGUUGGAAGCAAAGGAGGACGAAAUCAUCAAGGCGCUCAAUAGCCAGGAGGAGGAGGCUAUGAUAUGGGAAGCCGCACGUCUCGUAUGA